ACUACACUUUCUAAAAUUAAAGUUAGCUAACUCGAUCAUAUCCUUUUAGUUAGUUUGUAUAUCUUGAUUGAACACGAUGAAGUUUAAGGCUUAUGUUUUUGUAGGACUGCUUGCUUUCGCAGUCCUCGUCUGUUUGCCCGCUCGAGCUCAUACCAAUUCGGCUAAUCAAAUACACAAGCGGGAUGAAACUGAAGAUAUUAACAGUGAGGCCACAUCGGAAAAAGAGAGUAUAGUGGAUGGGCAGAUCAUCAAUGAUAAUGUACAAGGGGGUGGAGGAUACGGAGGAGGAGGACAAGUAGGUAGUGGUGGGAAAGGUGGAAGCGGAGGGGGACAAGGAGGCGGAGGACAAGGUGGUACUGGAGGAGGGCAAAGUGGUUAUGGAGGUGGUGGAGGCAGUCAAGGAGGAGGAGGGAGUGGAGGUGGUGGACAAGGCGGAAGUGGAAGCGGAGGAGGGCAAGGUGGUCAUGGGGGAGGGAAGGGUAGUUCGGGAGGAAGCAAAGGAGGUGGUGGUGGUCAAGGCGGAAGUGGGGGCGGACAAGGUGGUCAUGGAGGAGGAAAAGGUGCCUCGGGAGGAAGCAAAGGAGGCGGCUCAGGGGGACAAGGAGGUAGCGGUGGUGGUCAUGGCGGAACCGGAGGAGGUAAAGGUGGCUCAGGAGGAAGCAAAGGUGGAUAUGGAGGUGGCGGCAAGGGUGGCUCUGGAGGACAUAGCGGUAGCAGUGGUGGUCAAGGUGGAAGUGGAGGAGGAAGUAAAGGAGGUGGUGGAGGCGGUGGCCAGGGAGGAUCAAGAGGAGGACAAGGAGGUAAAGGUGGUGGUCAAGGUGGAAGUGGAGGAGGAAGUAAAGGAGGUGGUGGAGGCGGUGGCCAGGGAGGAUCAGGAGGAGGACAAGGGGGUAAAGGUGGCGGUCAAGGAGGCACAGGCGGUGGUGGACAAGGUGGUUAUGGAGGAGGGGGAGGUAGUCAAGGAGGAAAAGGUGGCUCGGGGGGAGGCAAAGGUGGUCAUAGAGGUAGCAGUGGUGGAAGCCAAGGUAGCAAGGGUGGUUAUGGAGGAGGUGGAAGAGGUGGCUCUAAAGGUGGACACGGUGGUAAGGGUGGUGGAGGUGGUGGCUAUGGUGGAGGAUACCAUGAAAUAUCAAAUGUCCAAGGGACAAACACCAUGGAAUCCCCAAAUCUGAAUAGUGGACAUGGUGGCUAUGGUGGUGGAGGUUAUGGUAGCGGCCAUGGUCCUGGUGGCGGAUAUGGAGGCAGCGGCGGCCAUGGAUAUGGCGGCGGCGGCCAUGGUCCUGGUGGCGGAUAUGGUGGUGGCCGAGGAGGCUACGGUGGAGGUUGUAGGUAUGGCGGGUGUUGAGGUUGUUGGUAUGGGGGCCGCAUCUGUGGUACACAUGAGGCCCAAGGCGUGGCAAGUGAAGUGCAGUCCGGCAACAAGGAAUCUGGUAGUCUGUACCUUGCAUGUUAAUCCGUACAUGUAGUACUUUAUAGAAUCCAACAAUGAAGUAGCUAGUACCACGUAUAACAUUAGCCUAAGUUAAGAAAAUGUGGAUUGGAUGAAUACCCACCACUACACCAGAGUAUGAUAAAUAAGUGUGAAUUUAACAGAUACACUAUAAUCAUAAUAUAAUUCCCUAAAGGCGUUCUACUG